AUGGGCACCGGCGCGUCUAAGAUCGCGUCCUCCGUCGCGCCCGCGGCGACGAAGCGCGCACUUCCUCGAGCCGGCGCGGCGACCGUGGCCCCGUACGUCCCCGACGCCGUCGACGUCGACCGAAACGUUCGCGCCCCGGUGGAGCGCUCUGGUGGUAAAGAUGUCAAACUCACCGAGAUGAUGUCCAAGCUCACCGUCCGCGCCGAGGACGUGAGUGCGGUGGAGUUUGGAUACGCCUCGACGACGUCCCGGGCGAAGAAACGAAUCGAUCGCGCGGCGGAGACGCUGAUGAAGCCGAUGGUUUUGUUGGACGCGUUGGCGAGACAUCGCGCGAGCGGAUUCGAGGCGUCUGCGGUGAGCGAUAUCGCGCGUGAACGACCACGAGUGAGCGAACGGGUGCUGCAGGAGACGAUGGAAAAUUUUCGCGCACACGUCUUCGAGGAGGUGGAGGACGAGCGAUGGCCGGGACGAAAGGCGCGUGUCGGUCGGUGGUGA